AUGGUUGAUCAUCUCAUCUUGAAAGAAAUAAGAAAAACAGAAUAUAAUCACAGGGAAUUCUUUGAGCAGCACUUUGGUGUACUUUUAGAACAUGAAGGAGAAAAGCAUGAAAGAGAAGAAGGUGAAGAUAAGAAUUCCAAAAAUGAAUCGGAUGAAUUAGGGAAAACAGUCAAAGUAUUGAUGGAAUUAGUAAAAGUGGAAAAGGCAUAUGUAGAUGCCAAAAUAAACGAAGAGGCUGAAAGUUACAUGGGGAUUGCAGCUGAAACCAAAACUUAUGCAGAGUCUAUCAGAUGUGGAAUGAGAAACAUGGGUUCUCCAAAUAUGCAUGUCCAGAAGUGCUCUAGAGUAAGCAAAACGGAUGAGACUAUGAAAACACAAUUGGGAACUCAGACCAUGGAAAUAGACGAAAAUGUGGACACAGCAAAUUGUGCAAAUGUCGCUCCUAAUAUUGAUAGAGGCCAUUUGGGUGACAACAGUGUGAGUGACAACAAUUUGAGUAGCGGCGAGUUCGAUGAGUGUGGAGGUAGUGACAGUUCCAGCAGUUCUAGCAACCUGGGAAAUAACCACCACUUGAAUAAUCUGCACAGUCGAAGCAGUGGAGAGUCGGGAAAAACAAAUGAUUCAGAAAUGAAAGUGUACAAACCGAGUGAAAAACUUGGGAGGGAAAGGAACGAAUUCGAAAAUUUGCUGAGAAAGAGCAUCGAGGCAAAAAAUAGAUUGGAAAAUAUAAAAAGAGGAUUAUUGUUCCUGAAAAGCUUCCCUACAUUGAAAAAAAACAUGAAUGAACUAUUUUUAACUGUUAAAAACACACAACUGGAUGUAAAUGAUAAAGUAAAAAAGGCAAAUGUAUUAUACAACAAUUUAUUAUACAUGAAUGAACAUGAAGAAAUUAUUUCGUAUUUUAAAAUAUAUUUACCAUCCAUUGACAUAUGUAUAUAUUCGUCUGAAUUUUUCGAAAAGUUCUUUGAUCUGAUAAAUGAUAUAUUUUCAUUUUAUCUAAUAGAUAAGAUUCCUUAUUUGGACAUGAAAAAAACAAUACACAUUUAUGUACAUACUUUUAGAAUUUAUUUGAAAUCAAUACACAUCUAUAUGUACACAAAUGAGUACUUCAUUAAUCAAAUUUUUAAAAAUAUAAUUCAGUUUAUCGUGCACAAAUUUAGCAAUACUUUUUUAAAAUUUGCCCAAUCUGAGUCAAGUCCAUUCAUAUACAAUGCCAUUAUCAAUUACUAUGAAUACUUCACAGCAUUCAUUGAAGAGAGGAAGGGCCCCAUAGAGCUCCUCAUUCUCCAGCUCAUUUCGAAUGUUCAAAUGGGAGCCAAACAUGGAGCGAGUGACUAUUGGGGUGGUAAAGACAUCAGCAACGGCCACGACAGCAACGGCCACGAUAGCAACAACCACGACAGCAACUUCUCGAAUGAACAGAAAAGAGAAGCAUAUACGGAAAACUUCUUCGUGGAAUUGUACAGAGAAAGCAUUCAUGUAGUUUGCACAUACCUACAAGAACAAAGUAAAGUGCUUUCUAAAAGUGAAACGAAAGGGAAAAGAGAGGAUACAUCUGGGUCCGUGAUGAGAAAAAAUGUGAUUUCCAAAAUUAUGGAUGCACUAAGUGUAAGCAUUAAUAUCCUAUCAAAUUCACCCAUGCUUAUUGGUAAAAAAAAUGUAUUACAUAAGAUUCUGAAUGAGGGUAUUUUUAUAAAUAAAGAAAUUGCAGAAGAAUAUAUAACCAACAUUAGUGAUGUGUCUCACUUUGAAAUGAAAUGUUUUGAAGAGAUUAAUAUAAGAGUAAAUGUAUUCGAUAAAAAUGACAUAAUGAUUGAAAAUAAAUUAUUCGAUUUUUUUACUCAUUUAGAAGGAGGCAUUACAAAUAUAAUUGAAAAAAAGAAAAACGAAAUGAUUAACAAGGACAUAUUUAAUUGUCAUUUUUUUAAUUUUAUUCCAUAUUUUUCAUUUAUUUUUAAUCACGAUACAGAAUUUUUGCUACUUUUUAUAAAUGUUUACAAUUUUGUGUACGAAAUUAUAUACAAUAUAAAAGAUCAAAUACGUAGAAAAAAAGAUGAAAAUGAAAAAAAAAAAAAAAAAUAUAUAAAUAUUACAAGCAUAGAUGAUGAAUCUUUAUACACAAAACAAGAUUUUGAUUCGGCUAAUCAAGUUAUUCAAUAUGUGAACAGCAUAAUUACAACUUUUAUUAAAAUACUUAAAAUAUUUUCUAACAUUACCAAGAAUUACCAAACAUUUGGUUCAUUCCUUUUCGAAAAAACAUAUUACCAUUUUAAAAGCAAUAUUCUCUUCAAUUCAAUUUCAAAAAGUUACUUUCGAAAUCAGAGUAAGCACCCACCUCCAAUUUACUCUAACAUUUCUCACAUACAUACUUAUUUUCAAGAUGACAAUUUCCCAAUGAAACGGGAUAUUACCACAACAGACCUUUCUCCAAGUCAUGUAAGCAGUGAAAAUAUUAGUGUAAGCCAACUAGAUAAACAUCUUGGAAGAAAAGUAGAAGCGGUUCUACUUCCCACAAUAAGUGAAAAUUUUCGCACAAUAAAUGAAAGUGGAGUAGACAAAACUGUGUCAAAUGCAAAUGAUGAAUCCCAUAUGGAAGGGGGCGAGGAGUUGGACACAGAAGAAUGUGGAAAAUACUUACUAAAGUCAUCCCUAAGCAAAUUAAACGAAAUUAAAAAUACAAUUUUGAAAAAUAUCAUAGAUUUUGCAUUAAUUCCAUUGUAUGAUUAUUUAAAUAAAUAUAUAAACAAAUUUAUGAACCUUAAAAAGAUUCAUUGCAAUAGCGAAAUUUUCGAUCCUGAAGAAAAUAUUUGCUUUAUUGUAGAUACCCUAUUUUUGUAUAUUAAUAUAUUUCAUGAACAUGAUAACAGUGAGUAUAUCACAGAAAAGUUACUUACACAGUUCGCAGAAAUAUACAUUUCUUCAAUAUAUGUCAUUACUCAUUUAAAUGAAGAUAUAAUCCAUCAGUUACAAGCUGAUAUUCAUUAUUUUAUAAACGUUUGCGAAAGGUUGAAAGUAAAUAAUUAUAAACCGUUUUUUUUACUUUACCAUUCCCUUUCUCUUGUUCUCACAAGUGCGAAAAAUCAACAAGACCAACAUGAUCUCUUAAAUGAUUCUUCGUCCCUGCACGACCACUUGAACCGUUGCAUCAAACAGAAUCAGGAGAAGAAAAAUCUACACCAAAUAUCCAUAACUGAUGCUGACGUUCUGAAAGCAGAGAUUCACAUUAAGCACCUUUUGUCGCGCUUUCGCUGA